GAAUAGUGAUAAUACUACACAAUACCUAUUAAACGAUCAAAAUAUUGUUAACUGUUAUUCAGUCUUCAGUCUUCGUCGAACAUGUUAAAUCAGCUGACUUUUAUAGUAUAAUAAUGUAACUUUCGUAUUAACUUUUGAGAACUCAUCGGUUAACAUUAAGGGCUUAACAUAGCAUCGUACUAUAUUAAUUUUUUUGUGAUUGUUAUUAUUUUUUAUAUUUAAACUACAAGAGAUUUUUCUAUCCGUAAUGUACGCCAAUCCUGAAACACUGAAGGAUUUGUGCAUUGACUAUGUCUGCGACAACAUUGAACAAUUUUACAUGGCAGAACAAGAUAUAAGUGAAACUGACCUGCAGCCUUCUGAACCUAAGUAUAUGUUCUGGGACAGCAAUGUAUACUUGCCAAUGGAGGUGUCAGAGAUGUUGUUGACAAAACUUAGUGUACGGAAUAAACUUAAUGAUGAAACACUAUCACUAUUCAGCCAUAAAAAUGUCUAUUUGAGGCAUGUCACACUACCAAAAACAAAAAAUUUGACUACAAAAGGACUAAGAACGUUAAGAAAGCAUAAAAUAAAAAAACUAAAAGUUUAUGGUUUGGACUGUCCAGUAAAUGAACUCGUUGGUUUAUUAGGUGAAUGGACGACACAGAAUUUAGAAUCACUAUGUGUCUCCAAUAGUUCAUUCAUUAGUGAUUCUUAUGACUUGAAAUUUUGUGUAGCUGUCUCAUUAUCAAAAUUAAAAAACCUACGUUCACUUGAUGUAAGUAAUACUGAGUUUAGUACCAACAAUUUAAUUGCUGUGGUUGAAGAUUUGCCUCAUUUGGAGUCAUUAGAUAUUUCUAAUACAAAAGUUGACACACUUUCACCCUUGGGAAAGAAGAAAAACCAAUUAAAAAAAUUAAGCGUGUACAAUUUAAAGGAAGCUACAAUGCAUUUGAUUGCCUUUAGUCCACUUAAAUGUAUGACAUCGUUAACACAUUUGGAUUUAUCAUCUGAAAAAUAUUCUCAUCCGUUUGAGAAUUUUAGCUGUGAUACACCUUGGUUACAAUUCUUGACUGAUCCUGAUUGGUUACCCAAUUUGGUUUCAUUGGAUAUAUCUGGAAGUGAUAAUGUUGGUCCAAGAAUCAUGCAAGAUUUUUUGACUACUCAUAAAAAGUUAAGAUUUUUAGGCUUAAUGCAUAUGGAUGAUUGUGGUUUGGCCAUGUUCACAGUUCCCACUCAUCCAUUAUAUAAUCGAGACUUAGUAGUUACCGGUGUUGUGACAGAAGAGCAAUUAUUAACUGGCUUGAAACGUUAUAAAAAACGUCCAACAUAUAUUCAAAAAUGUCUUUACCACUUAUUUAAAUGGACUGAAAAGUAUAACUACCCAAAAGUUGACAUUAUCCAAUUAAUUUUAAAUGUGAUGAACUGUCUUUCUGACAGUUUCCCAGUACAAAUGGCAGCAACUGCUUGUCUUUAUAAUUUAACCAAGAGUGAUCUAGCUUUAAACAUACAUCCUAGUGUUUUGGCUAAAGUAGUGGAAGCAACAUUAGAUGCCAUGGAACGUUUUCCCAAUCAUAACCAGUUACAGAAAAAUACGCUGUUGACAUUAUGUAGUGAUCGUAUACUACAGGAUGUAAAAAUGGAUAAGUUCAGAUGUGCAAAAUUAGUCUUGGAUUCCUUACAUUUUUUUAAUGAUAACGUCAUGAACCGCAUGAGUGUUGCAAUCUGCAGUAUAUUAGCUGCAAAAAUUUCUACAUCUGAAACAUCUCAAUUAGGAUCUAACCCAAGGUAUAUGGCUAAAUUGUUAUCAAUAGUAUUUGAAAAACUGUCUACUCGAAUUGUUGAUGUGACUAUGAAGUUCACACUAAGCGCACUUUGGAACCUGACUGAUGAAUCCCCUACGACAUGUAAAGUUUUCAUUGAUGAAGGAGGGUUAGCAUUAUAUAUGAAUAUAUUAAAUACGUUUAUUGGUGAUAGUACUGUAGAAACUAAAGUACUUGGUUUAGUAAAUAAUAUUGCUGAAGUACCACAUUUGAGAAAUAUGCUAUUUAGCAAUGAUAUUAUUCCCACUCUAAGACGUUUGUUGCGAUCUGUACAAAUUGAUGUAAGCUAUUUUGCAGCUGGAAUAAUUGCUCAUUUAGCAUGUGAACCUAGUUGGGAAAUGUACACUGUGAAUAAUAAAGCUGAAGUGUUAGAAGAACUACGAUAUACUGUAAAGCACUGGGUGCCACCUGAGGGAGAAAUGGUUGCAUACAGAUCUUUCCAGCCUUUUAUUGGGCUACUGAAAUCAAUCAAUACACCACAGGUUCAGCUUUGGGCUGCAUGGGCCAUACUUCAUGUUUGUACUAAAAAUGGUAAAAAAUACUGUGACAUGCUCAAUAACGAAAAUGGUGUUAACAUUCUUCAAACAAUUGCUUUUGAUAAGUCAGUCGAUCGUGAAGUGUGUGAACUAUGCUAUAGUAUAUUAGACUUGAUGAAUAAAUUUAGGAAAGUUUCUAACCCAGUACAACCAACUGAUACAUUUUAGUUAUUCAUCUUACUUGCUAUAUUCCUUUAAAUUAACAAUAACAUUUAUUAUUUUUAUUGUUAUAUCUUAAACUAUUAUUGUGAUUUUAAUUAUUUCUUGAUUUUUGUGCUUUAAAUAUUGUAAAAUUUACUAUUAAAAUUUAUAUAGAAAAAAAAACAUUGAAUCAAAAUUUGUUUAAUAUAUUUUACUAAUUAUACUUAGUUUUUAAUAAAAAAUUACUAAAAUUAGUAUCCAGAAUGAAUUUUGCCAUUUGGGACUUCAGAUCUACUAAAUUUCUAUCUAAAAUGAUAUGUAUGAAGAAAUAUACUUCUAAUAUUUUAGUAAUGUAAUAAAUGUAUAAUAUUUACCAAAAUUUAAAAGUUCACUUUGAAAUAUUUUUUCCUUUUAUCAAGUAGGUAUCUUAUAUCUAACAUAUUUAAACCUUGAGCUUAAAAAAACACUUGUCAAUGUUUAGUUGAACAAUAAAGCAUUUUUUGUUUUAGUUUACCUAUUAAAUAUGAUAAUUAUAAUUCCAUUAUCAAUUAGUUUUAAUAUGAAACCAUUGAUAUAAUAUAUGCUGAAUAACAAAAAUUAGAAUUCUAGUGUAUCCAUACAACAAUUUUGUCGAAAAUGUUUCAAGCGUCAAACUUGAAUUUUCAAAAUAAAAUUCUAAUUUCAGUUUGUUUAGUGACUGGCUGUGGUAAAUUCACUGGUAGACCGCAUACUACAUGAUAGCCUGUUUAGCUUUUAUAAACAAAUGUUCUCUCUGUAUUAUGAAUAUAACAGUAAAGAUUAAGUUGUAUGGAUUUACCAUUAUUUGAACACUUUUCUGCAGUUAAACAUUGUUAAUUAUUGACCAAUCUUAAGUCAUAAAUCACCACUAGGUUACAUUGUGGGUAAUACUUGUAUUUGAGAAUUAUGUAUUUUUAAUAUAGUGUAGAAAAAAACAUGGAAUUUAGUAAAUUAAAAUUAUAAAAUAUUAAUAUAAGUUCACAUAUAAUAGAUUUUUACCUGUUCUAAUUUAAAUAAUAUUAAAAUAUUUUACUCAAUAACAAUAUUUAAUUUAAAAACAUAAGAAGAAGAUAGAUGGUAUAUUUUAUAGUUAUUUCUGACUUCAAAUGUAUAUUAAUUCAAUGCAUGUGGUGUCUCACAAUGAAUAAAAUAUCUAAAAAAAAAAUAAGAUUAUUUUUAUAAUAUACUUCUAACGAAUAUGUUUUAGUUGUAUAGUACCUAUAUUAUAUUUUAUUUUGUAUUUUAGAAUUUUUACAAUAUUACUUGUGUAUAAAAUAACACUAAAGUUUUUCCAAAUAAUUUCAAACUUUUUUUAAAUUUAAUUAUUAUUUAUGUGAAAUAAAACUAAUUUUUAAGAUUGUCUUAAAUUGUAUUUAUAGUUUAAAUUUAAAUUUCUAAUUUUUUUUUGUAUGACAUUAAACUCAGUGAUUUUAAUA